CGAACGCAUUGUUGAAAAGUGUCACAGAGUAUAAUAAUGAAAUUAAGUUCAUUCAUUUCUGUUUUUGGUGUUAUUGUUUGUCUCUCAAAAAUAUAAUAAUUUUAUUAUAUUUAAUAAAAUAAUGGAAACAUCAGACCAACUUAAAUACCUGCAGAUAUUAUAUACAUUAACAGAAGGUAAAACUGAAGUUAAUGAUUUUGAAAAUAAAUUAGAAGAAAUUGUGAGCAAGACGCUUGCUCAUUUAUCAGAAGAUGAUAAAUAUGCAAUAUUUGGUGAAAAUAAAUGUCCAAAUAGUAAUUCUGAUAUAAGGUACCACUAUAUUCAAAUAAUCACGCAUGUACUAAAACAGGUUGAAAUAAUAGAAGAAACUAAUGAUUACAUUAAUGUUAAAAGAUAUAAAUUAUUUAAAACAGCAAUAGAGUUAAUAGUAUCGAUAGGAAUAAUACAAUGCUUGUUACCUGGAAUUGGUGUUGAUAUGAAAAAGUUAUGUCCAAGAGCAUUGAAAUUAAGCGAAGAGAAGACAACUAUUUUACAAAAAUAUGAGAGAUUAUGUUUGUCGAGCCAUUCUCUUAUUGAAUAUUACAAUCGAAGUUUUUUACGACCAGCCGUUCUUUCUCACAUUGGUUCAUUAAUCGCAGCAUUGUUGCAAUUAUCGUAUGCUCCUUUACAAAAGCCUAAAGAAGAAGAAUUACCUUUGAAACAAGAAAAGGAAACGAACGAGAAAGAAUUUGUGAUGACCGUUGAUUUGUACGAAAAAUUAAAAUAUGAUCAGAAACAAUUUUUGUCUGAAUUAAAACGUUUAUUCGAUAAUUGUCCACAGUAUAUAAUUAUGAAGGAAUUAAUGGUAAUUCUUGGAAAUAAAGAAGCACCCUCGUGGAUUCGUAAAAUAACUAUACAACAUUUAAUACAUAAAAUUCAACAACCUAAUGGAGUGUUGUCAUUGAUUAAUACAUUGUGCGAUGACACAAUGUUAGAUUUGGGAACUGAUUGGAAAAAGCUGGAUAUAAUCACUAGGUUGAUUGCUACACCACAUGGAAACGAUAAAAAUAAGUAUUACGAAGCCAUAUGUCCACAGCUCCUAAAUUUUUUAACGUUAAAAAAUGUCAAUAAUUACUGGAUAAUAGCUAACAAUUGUAUAGUAGCUCUUUACGAAAAUAGCCCUAAUAUUUGCAAAGAAAAUAUUAUUGACGUUAUAAUGAGACCGUUAUUAAUUGCAAAUGUGGAUCACAAAGUACCUGAAAGUGAAUUAAACACAUGUAUACAAAAUCUUAUGACUUGUUUCACAUCAAGUGAAAUGCAAUUUAAAACUUUGCCUAUCAAGCUUAUGUCAAUUAUAGCUAUUCCAUUAUUUUCCAUUCAUAACAAAGUAAGAUCCAGUGCUUGCUUGUUAAGAAACAAAGUGAGGCAAUUAUUACUGAUACUUCUUCAUGAAAAUGAUUUGGAAAAUGAUCUUUUUUCUGCGUUUCUUGGAUACGAUACGAACAAAAAUUUUGGUAAACUCAUAUCCGUAAACUUUGGAUCCAAUGGUGGAGUUGAAAUUAUGGGAAUUGAGAAGAAUUUACCAUACGAAGAACUAGCUGAUAGUUUGUUUGAUUUAAUAUCCCUCGAUGAAGUACUUAUUACUAAUUUAUUCUCUUAUUUAUUAAAAUUAUUAUCCAAUUCUAAUAAAUUGAUUUGUGGUAAUGUACUAGAAACAUUGUAUGAUGUAAUGGAACGUGCAGAAAAACGAUUAGUUACUAUUAAACUCCUAUCGAAUUUGGCUACCAAAUCUGUUGUUCAAAAAGCGCAACUGAAAAAUCCUGAACCGUUGUUGAAUUUUAUUAAAUCUUUAUUCGACGAGAACAUAAUUCAAAAACAAAAUAAUAAUGAAAGCGACGAUCACGAAGUUAUUUACAUCAGUUUGAUGUUAAUCAAAAUGAUUAUAAGUUCCGAAGGUAAAACGUUAAAUCGAACGCAUUUCGAAUCAUUUGCAAAAUAUCUAAAACAACGAAUUAACGAUUCUACAAUGCAAUUGGUAGUGUUGAUAAAAGAAAUAAUUCAGCUCAUCGAAUGUAAAGAAGAAUCUAAUCAAACAUUUUAUGACGAUUUAUCUGUAGAUAAUGAAAGAUUUAAUAAAUUUGAAGAAGCUAUUAAAGAUUUGUCAGAUCCAUUACUUCCAGUACGUGCUCAUGGGAUUAUAACGUUGACGAAAUUAAUUGAAAUAAAAGAUCCAAUUGCUGUUUUUAGAAAAUCUAUUAUCUUACGUUUGUUUCAAGAAAAUUUGAAACACGAAGAUUCGUUCAUUUAUCUUGCCGCGAUAAAUGGUAUGUGCGCUUUGGCUGUAAUGUAUCCUAAAGAGGUAAUAGUAAUAUUGGUUGAAGAGUACAUAUGUAUGCCUCAACGUAUUGCAACUUGUGAUAUUUCUGUACAAAGUAGAAUAAAACUUGGUGAAAUACUUGUAAGAACGACAAGAGGAUUAGGUAAGAUAGCUUACACAUAUAAGAAUAUACUUGUUAAUGGAUUUUUAUGCGGUGUACGUGAUCCAGAUCCAUUAAUACGUGCAUCGAGUCUUUCUUGUCUUGGAGAACUUUGUAAAGUAUUAGGCUUCCAUCUUGGAAAUGUUUUAAUAGAGGUAAUCUUCUGCAUUAAAUGUAUCAUAACGACGGACAAAAUACCCGAAUGUCGUAGAGCGGCGGUUUUAGUCAUCACUUUGUUACUUCGUGGCUUAGAGAAAGAUGCUUUGACCGAGCUUGGCAGAGAUUUGUGUGACCUACAUCGUGUUUUAAUACAUUUAAGAGACACCGAUAAAGAUCCAGUCUUACGUCUGCAUGCUCAAUUAGCUCUGGAAGAAAUUAACGAUAUCGUAUCAAAAUACAUUUUCGGUACACCAGCAUUUGAUAAUAAAGUAUUUUCUCCAUUGGAAUAAAUAUAAUAAUUAUUUAAUAAUUAUAUAAAUAUUUAACC